UUAAAUGAAAUCUCAUCCCAGCAUAGACACCACGUCUGGAAUUACGACCCACCCUGUGAUCUGUCACUUUUAUAUAGAUACACAGGGGAGCCGAGCGGUUUCCAUAGAGAGGGAAGAUCGCAGCCCACCGAGGACCAACCCCGCGGAGCAGCGGCGACCCCGGGGCAGGCGACGCGCGGGGGAUGUGCCCGGGGCCGACCGCCCGGCCCUGAAGCUGCCCCUGCCCGAGCGUUUCCCGCGGAGCGAAGUCCACUCUCGGGGAGAGAUGCUGGUGCAGAUCCGCUUCCUGCUGCCCCUGCUGCUGCUGCUCCUCGGGGGCCCCCGGACAGGCCUCCCCCACAAGCUCCACAAGGCCGAGCCCGUCCUCGGCUGCCUCAACGCCGCCCUGUCUGAGGCCAAGGAGAGCCGGCUGGAGGCCGCGUCCCCGCUGGGCAAGAGGAGCUCCCUCUACCUGCCCGGCCAAGGCCCGUCUUCAGGAGAGAAGGAGGAGGAGGAGGACAAGGAGAAAAGGAUUUUCUCUGUCUCUGGGGGCAGGGGUGGGGCCGGGAGCCCCCGGUACAAAUACCUGUCCCAGGCACAGCUCAAGGGGAAGCUGUACCAGGACAAGGCCAAGAGUGACCGGCGCACCAAGUUCACUCUGUCCCUCGAUGUUCCCACCAACAUCAUGAACAUCCUCUUCAACAUCGCCAAGGCCAAGAACUUGCAAGCCAAGGCGGCCGCCAACGCCCACCUGAUGGCGCAGGUUGGGCGGAAGAAGUAGAGGAGGAGGCCGGGCA